AUGUUGUAUGCGAACAUGAAACCCUGCUUCAACACUAUUCCUCCCUCAUUCACUACCAUCGUGUUCAAUUACUUGAUCACAAUCAACGUGGAGUUACUAUCACUGCUUGGGAUUCCUAUUACUGGAGCUGAGGUCAUGGAUGUCUCAGAUUUUCAUACUAUCGGAUUUAAUGAAAUUGCUAUCAUUCGACAGUACACACGAGAUACAGGUCGUGUCUACCCGAAUUUCGUGCUCCGCAAGGUCGAUGCUAUUGUGGGUGGCCAUCGUCCUCGCGUCAAUGCUCCAGGGGGAGCUACUCAAGGAGACCAUGUUGCGAGCACAAGUGGGAUCAAAGAAGAAGUUGAUGAAGAUGAUAAGCUUGAAGGCAUCAAUGAUGAUGCAGGAAUCUCUGACUACAUGUCAUCACCAACCUAUCCUUUCUAA